AAAAAUGAUCUGUGCAACCUUCAAAAUAUUUAUGACAUACAUUAAAACUGUCAAAAUUUUAGUGAACAAUCAUGCAUUGUAAUUGCGAACCCCCUAACUGCUCACAAGCGGUAAGCAAUACGAACAACUUUCAUGGUAGCCGCCCUUGUCAUCAAAUGUGCCCAACUGAAGAUUUUUAUUGUGAAUGCCGCCCAGAAAAAAAGCUCAAGACAAAGGGCAAGUUUGGACUGGCUUACAUUAUGGAGACUCCUAUGAGGAAGUCUAAUCCUUGUGGAUGGCAGGUAGAGUUCAAUGAUACUCCUUCCACAAUUGAGCGCAAUUGCCAACAAAUGCUUAACUGGGCGAACUGUCCACCUUUGGGACAAUGCCCGAACAAAGAAACAAACAUACAAGAUUGUAGGGAAGAUAUUGCCCAAUUUUUAUGCAAUUAUCAAAACCAAGAACAACAUAUAAAGUCUUGUCAGGUUGCCAAAUGUGGUCAAUGCUGUUGUCAUGAAACCAUCCAGCAAGAACUGUGUUGUUGUGAAUCAAAACGCAAUUACUUCCGCCGAGCUAAUAAAGGUAGAAAUAAAUAUUUGGAAUCUGUGAAGAAGUGCUUUGAAAAUAGCUGUAAAUGUUGUUGCCCCUCUAAAACGUUUAACGAAGUGUCAGAUAAAUGCUGCUGCGAAGUUACUUUGGACACAUCUUCAUCUUCAGAGGAUGAUUGUGCUUGUUGUCAAAAAUUAAAUUCAGAAAGCCAACAACUUGAUUUAUGUAAGUGCAAGUGUUGUCAAUGUGUGUGUUUAAAACAAUAUGACAAAAGAGAAAAACAUAUAUCUAAACACAGAAGCACGAGCCCAAAAGGAUUGCUACCCAAAGAACAAUCUUUUGAACAUUCAAAAAACUUCAAAGGACAAAAAUUAAAAAAAACAAUUGAUAAGCCUAUAACCCAUUUUACUGUAAAGACAAGUGAGAAAGGCACACCAAAAAAAGAACCAGACAAAAUUGAUGCUGAAGCAUAUGCCAAUUUAUAUCAAGAAUUAAAGCAGAAACUCAAACCAAUGCGGGAAGCGACAACUGCUGUUUCAGAAGUUCAUAACAAACAAGAAAUCAUACAAUCCCCACCUCUAAUAGACUUGGAAACAAAUCAAGAUGAAAGUCAAUUAGAGAAUAUCCUUUAUACUGAAAGAAAUGAAAAGAAAGAGAAACCCACACUUUUAGAACGGAUUCGGAAGGAACACAAAAGGGAAAUGGAAGCUAUACAUCCCACCAUUACAGAGACAAUAGCAUAAAGUUUGGGCGAAUUGCCUUACCUCUAUGUAUU